AUGCUCAAUUCUUCAUUACUAUGGAAAGUUUGGCUACGAAUAGAUAACUCGACGGAUGAAGUAAACCAACCAAUCGCUGUGCAGUUUGAUGAAAUAGAUACUGUUGACGAUUUGAAAAGCAGGUUCUUUCAGAAACUGAGUUCGACUCGAUGGCGAGAAAUUAAUGAUAAUGCUUCGAUAGCUAUAGGUCUAUACGCACCCAAGUUGGAGAAUCAACCCGAUAAUACUAGCAGUAACAAUAAUAGUAGUAGUGUUUUGAAGAAAAAUAACAGUGCUGGCGGUACUGGCAACUUUUCCAUUAACAGUAGUAGCAACAAGAGUUCUACGAGUUCCACGGCCGGAAUACUUGGUCUUCCAAAAGACUUUACAAAGGAUAGAAAUGUGCUCCAGCAUCCUAAGCCUACUCAGAAAAGAGGAGGUUUAUACGACGCCUUUGCCGUUUCGCCGACCGUAGCCACGCCUAUGAAUGUGGAUUUUCUUCCCAGUGAAGCACCAUUGCUAAGUCCACAAAGACCAUACUCUACUAGUCCCAAGCAGCUUCCAUCUACUGCUAAAAGCCCAUUGCUGCGAUUUGCCUCUGUUUCACCGUAUCCCAAAUUUCAUCCUGAUAAUCAAAUUAUGGCAUCAACUGGUCUCACAUACGUCUCACCACAUAAUAAAAACAAAUACACAAGGUCGUUAAUUAGAAAAGGUCUGAACUAUACAACAGAAUCUUUAAAUGAGUGCACCUAUAAAAUCAUCUUUGAACCUGAUGAGUUGGUUAUUAACAUAUAUAAGGAGCUAUUCGGAACCAUGGGUUCUCAAUCUGCGUCGCAGCCUUUGCUGAUAUUUUCAAAUGUCAAUCUACGCCAGGAUGUACCGACUUUAGAUAUCUUGAAUGUUGUGGACUAUGUUCCUACGAAUGAAGAGAUUUCACAGCAGAAAAUCCAAUCAACAGAACAUGAAGCUUUUGGUAUUUUCGACUUACACGAUCAAGUUUCUUCAAGGGAACAAAGUUCUAAACCCGCAAGUGAUGAUAAAACAGAUCUAAAAGAUAAACUUGAUAGUAACCCCCAGGAAUUCAAAUUAAUAACUGAUGAAGAACAAUUGAGAAGAGCGUCACAAGAACUGAAGGAUGAGGAAAAAGAUACCGAGUCACCUUGGCAGGCAAUCUUGCUGUUACCAAAGGGCUAUAAGAGAGGGGUAGGUUUCCAAAAUAAGCCAGUACUUUGUACGGAUUCGUCUCCCAUUAAUGACAACAGUGUUAUUCCUUCUGAGUUAGAGAUGAAUUCAGACUCCCCUUUACAACAACUCGGGCCACUUGAUGAAUCCGGUAUAGGUGUAAUUCAACCAAUAUCAGAAGAGCAAAGAAGAAAGGACAACGCCACUCCCUCGUCACCAAUAUUAACAAAUAGUCAAACACCACAUUAUUCUAAUUCGCUCUAUAACGCACCCUUUACUGUUUCUUCACCGCCUGAUCCCUUACCCAAUCUCUUUACGACUACAAGUGAAAAAGUUUUUCCCAAAAUCAAUGUUUUGAUAGUUGAAGAUAACGUCAUCAACCAAGCUAUAUUAGGUUCUUUUCUAAGAAAACACAAAAUUUCGUAUAAAUUGGCCAAAAAUGGUCAAGAAGCUGUUAAUAUUUGGAAGGAAGGUGGAUUGCAUUUAAUUUUCAUGGACUUGCAACUACCUGUCUUAUCUGGUAUAGAAGCUGCCAAACAGAUCAGAGAUUUUGAAAAACAAAAUGGUAUUGGCAUUCAAAAAACUCCCAAUAAUUCACAUUACAAUUUUGAAAAAAGUGCUUCUAAGAGGUUUUCUCAGGCCCCUGUAAUCAUAGUGGCAUUAACCGCAUCCAACUCUCAAAUGGAUAAAAGAAAGGCACUUCUUUCUGGUUGUAACGAUUACUUGACUAAACCAGUAAACUUACACUGGCUAAGUAAGAAAAUUACGGAAUGGGGUUGUAUGCAAGCACUGAUUGAUUUUGACAGCUGGAAACAGGGAGAAAGUCGGAUGACUGAUAGUGUUUUGGUUAAAUCUCCACAGAAACCUAUCACCUCUCCCAACUCCAUCCCUUUCAAACAGGCAACACCUAGUACACCUAACAAAAACAGUCCAGUAAGGAAAAACUCAACUCUCUCGCCAACUCAGAUAGAGUUCUGA